CCUCGGCUGGUGGCUGUGUAUCACUUUGUAUUCACCGGCAAAUCGCUACCCUUGAACCGGAACUCCUCGUGCGGAUUGGUUACACUGUACUGUUGUUACUGUGUGUGUGUGUCUGUGCUGGGGGUUAAGUCACCAUUUCAGACUCGAACACACACAGCAACAAUGAUGCGAGGCUCCACCUGAAGCUUGUGGUGUGCGUGUGUGUUUUUGUUGCCAUUACCAUCUUGGAGGACGUUCAAACCGUGAAGGGCUUGACUUUCAUAGUGUCAGCGAGGAAGAAGGAAGAAAGCAGUAAUAAUGGCUUAGAGUGGACGUUGAAGGAGAUGGAGAGGGAAAUCAGCUGCUGAGCUUUGAGCAGAUCUCCCCUCUGGUCCGUCAGUCUCGGGAGAGAGGGGGAAAACUCGCCUGUCCUUUUCAAUGGCUGUGCAGUGCUAAUUCUGGCCGGAUGAGGGUGUUUCUCUGAUCGGACACUGAUUUUUUUGCCCUCUCUCUCUCCUUGUUUUAAAUAUCUGUAAUAUAUUUCAUCUCUCGUGUGUUCUCUGUGCAAAAUCCUACUUCCUUUGGCACCACCUGAAUCCGACCGUUCAUUCGAUCAAGGAAAAAAAAACAUUAAUCAUACUCUGAGAGAGGGAGAGAGAAAAUGGGGAAUACCACUUCCUGCUGUGUCUCAUCCAGCCCCAAGUUGCGGAGGAACCACGCUCGGCUGGAGACUUACCGCACCGACACCGACAUCAGCCGGGAGGACACGGGCUGUAACCUACAGCACAUCAGCGACAGGGAGGCGGUGGACGAUUUAAACAUGGAAUUUAACCCUUCGGACCACCCUCGAGCUAGUACCAUGUUCUUGAGCAAGUCUCAGACGGACGUCAGAGAGAAACGGAAAAGCCUCUACAUAAAUCAUCACCCACCUGGACAGAUGAGAAGGAAAUAUAGCUCCUGCUCCACCAUAUUCCUGGAUGAUAGCACUGUCAGCCAGCCAAACCUGAAGUAUACUAUCAAAUGUGUUGCCCUUGCAAUAUAUUACCACAUCAGAAACAGAGAUUCAGAUGGACGAAUGUUAUUAGAUAUAUUUGAUGAGAAGCUCCAUCCGUUAUCAAAAACAGAAAUGCCAGCAGAUUACGAUCGGCAUGAUCCGGAACAAAAACAGAUUUACCGUUUUGUUCGAACGUUAUUCAGUGCUGCCCAACUCACUGCAGAAUGUGCUAUUGUCACAUUGGUGUAUCUUGAAAGACUGUUAACAUACGCAGAGAUUGAUAUCUGCCCUAGUAACUGGAAGCGGAUUGUAUUAGGAGCCAUCCUGCUUGCAUCCAAGGUAUGGGAUGAUCAGGCUGUUUGGAAUGUGGACUACUGCCAAAUCCUUAAAGAUAUCACGGUGGAAGACAUGAAUGAGCUGGAGCGUCAGUUUUUAGAGUUGCUUCAGUUCAAUAUCAAUGUGCCGUCCAGUGUUUACGCAAAGUAUUACUUCGAUCUACGUUCCCUAGCAGAAGCCAAUAACCUUAGCUUCCCAUUGGAGCCACUCAGCAGGGAAAGGGCACAGAAACUUGAGGCACUGUCCCGACUAUGUGAGGACAAGUAUAAAGACUUGAGGAAAUCUGCUCGGAAACGGUCAGCCAGUGCAGAUAAUCUGACUGUGAUCAGAUGGUCCCCGGCCAUCAUUCCCUAACAGUGGGCAAUUUUGCUUAAGUAUGUUUGCUGUCGUCCAUCCAGUUUUUACCUCGGGGGAGAAAAAGAGACUUUUAAAGACUUUGGCAAGAUGCCUUUACAGUGCCUCCAUCUUGUGUAGCGCAGGAAAAUGGGAAAUCUCAUUGGAGAAAACAAAAAUAACAGUAUGAAUUUGUGAGAAAGCACUGUCAUCUCGAGCAUUUUCACUGCCUCUAACCCCCUUUAAAUGGGUUUUAAUACGGGAGCCACAUAACUAAUGUAAAAGGGGGAUAAGAAGUUGGAAAGUUGAGGAAAAAGAUUGCCAAUUUAAACAGUCAGUUUGUUUGCAGGGAAGAUACAGAGGCAAGUGGAUAAAGUAAGAGGUUUGUCUUUAUUGCGUGUCUGAAGCAAUUUGUGGAGUGGCAGUGUUUCAUUUUAAUUUAUUCUAAAGGUGUGACCGGUAAAUUAAUGGCCUGCAGGAACAAAACUUUCACGGGUGUGUAAAGAUGAGCCACUUGUGUGAAUUGUCACACGAUGGCCAGCAAUGCUAUAUUUCCGAAUCUGUUUCGAGGUGUGCUUAAAGGUUCUAUUGGUUGCACCCAAACCACACACAAAGGCAGUAUCUCCCUCAGGGGACAAACCCGAGGUGUCCUCUUUCAGUCCUGAGAGUAACCACUGUAAGAAGCAGACAGCUCUGGCACACUUGUCUUAGGUGUCUUGCACGCACCAAACACAACAUGAUGUAGUUGGCAGUACCUGGUCCAAUGCCCUCAAUAUAUUCCACAAGAUAUCGCACAUUGUUUUUGAUCCAGUACAUCAUCAUCUUUGUGUUUUGCUGCAGUGUUCUGCAUAAUCCAGAGGCUGUCGAGAAGCACAAGAUGUCAUUUUGAUCUAUAUUAGGGUAUCCACUUCUGUUUUCAUAUUGCUAAUCAUUUUAUGAAUAUAUUCAAAUUUUUAUUUUAUUAUCUGUCAUUUCUUAAUGUUUAGCUUUGACUUGUCAGUUUAUGUUAGCAUGCAGAUGCAGACAUUAUAGUAAAGAUUUGUAUAUGUAUGAAAAAUCAUUCUUAUUCUUAAUUUGUAGACUUUUUUCGCCUUUUGCAUGCUUUUUGACAAUAUGUUCCAUUACAUGCAGACAGGUUUUGUCAUGGGUCUGCUAUUUAUAGAUAUGUCUGGGAUGGUGGCAUGUUAGAUGUAGUCGAGUUGCUUUUCUGUUCUGAUGCUCUAAUUAUGAACCUCAACAGUACCCUCUACUGGAAGUUUUCAGAAUUUCUUUUGUACAAUUCCUUAAAAGGCACACUCGGCUUUUGUAAUUCUUUCUUUCACACUCAAAUCAAGCUUACUGCUGUUAUUAGCGCACAAUUUUAGUCACAAAUGAGUCCAAAAAUUCGACUGUUCAUAAAGCUUAGUUUUGUAUUUUGCACUGGACUGAUUGCAAUGUAGGACUCUGACGGAAACUGAAGCACAGAUAACACUGAACAUACUUGUUACCAGAAGGGUUUUGCUCCAUUUAAUUGGCGAACACCAGCUUAAUUUCCUUUCUGCAUGAAACGACCGAUUGAAAACGCAAUGUGCCCUGUUGAGUGAAAGCAAUACAAAUACCUGAAUGCUGGGCAAAGUGAUGUCAACAUGUCUGUUCACAAUAAGCAUGAAGUUGGGUGGUGCAUUCACUGAUUUUGCUUUCAGUUUCAUUUUGCUCAUCUGAGGCAAAUUGUUGUGAACUAAUGGGAAGACAUUCCACACAACGAUAAAACAUGAAAAUUAGUUAACUGCAUUGCUCCAGUGGCUCCAACAACGAAUACAAUGUGCAGUUUAGUACUAAGCCAUAGAGACCAGGGGUGGAGGAAUUGUUUGGGAGCUCUAAUUGGCCUCAGCAUUAAAACUUAAAAAAGUGCAGGCAAUCAAACUGCUUCGUGCUUUCCAGUAUCCGUUGUUGGCAACAGUGUGGAUGCCGACAGUAUUGGGCCUGCCUGUGAUGCUCAUCUUCAGCUGUCUGGUUUCACGAAAAAAAAACAAUGACGGAUAGGGUGAGGUGCCCAGAGAGCUGCUGCCAUUCGUGGAAUCAUUCCCUAGCAAAGACAAUGUCUUCAGAAGAAUAGGAGAGCAAAAUUAGGUUUGAAAAAUAUUAGUUGUGUUAAUUAUUGAAUCAAUGCCUAAAAUUCCAAUCUAUUUUGACCAAAAUUUUAAGUCAAGAUUAAUAUUUUACACCCUUACUGAUUUAAUCAGUUUAAUUUUUUUGAUACACAGUUUUCCAAGUAUUUUAGGGAGACCAAUCAUCGUGUUAACAUUACUGCGAGUGAAUUUUAGUGAGAUGAACAUUGAUGAUAUCUGUAAUUAUCUGAGUACAAGUGUACUUUUGUGAAGUUUAUUAAACUUGUCAAAGAUUGUAUAACCUAUUUAUUGUAUGUAUGUACAUACAGUCUGAUGCUUACUUAAAAUGUAAAGUGGUCUCAGUAGAAUCUCGCUCAGUCUAGUUUAGACUGGUGAUUCUUGCUUAGCCUUGUGCACUGGACUCUACCUCUGUAUAGAGAGUUUUUUCCCGAUCUUUCAUUAUUUGGAACUGAUAAAGUUUUUUUGUGACAAAUUGAUUAUGUACCUUAUGUUUCUUGUGCUGAGAAAAAUCUACUGUAGCUAUUUUUCAGUUUGAUUUCUGAUGGGUAAAACUGAGAAAUAAGGCUUACAUCGAGCAUUUUUAUGUUUCUUUGUAUUAAUGAAAACAACAGUGCUUUUGCGUUUUCCUCCCAUUUUGUUUGGUCAACUUUGCCAAAUACGAAACAGUAUCCUUGGAUAAACUGCACAAUACCAACAGAUUGAUGUUCUGGACUGUAACUCAUCCUCAACCAAGCAGUAAUCUACCAAAGGGCUGCACCCUGCUUAAAAAUUUGGGUAAACUGAUUAUUUCCCAUUGCUUCCCAUUACUGUAAUGGUGAAUGACCAUUUUAAUAAAGAUAGGUGCCAAUUUGGUUACACCGUGCAUAUUUGUGUUUAUUCA